UCCACCCCUACUAACGUCUGCGAAGGAGGCUAUCUUUGAAGGGGAAAGCACCAUCAGAUAUGCAGAUAUCUUUUGGUAACGCGCGAGAAAUUGGGAGCUAAUCUAUUCUUCGCUUUGUCCUAGGUCUCCUACGUCUGAAUUCGGGAAUAAUCAAGAUGGCGGGAAAAGCUGUGAAAGACCUUUCUGAUGUGGAGUUGAUGAAUGAAUUAAAGUCCUUAGGUCUAAAAUCUGGACCUAUUACUCCGAACACAAGGCGGCUAUUUGAAAAAAGGCUCUCCAAAGCUCUGGGUUGUGAUGUCAUCGACAGCAGUCUUGAAAACAGGGAUGUCGUGUCGAACGUUGAUGUCAGAGAGACUCCAAUUGCAACAAGUGAUGCUCGGACGCUCAGUGCUUCUAGUCCAUCGGAUAGUCCAGUGAUCUUUUACGGAGUUUGCUUCGAUAUAGAUUGUUCUUUAUCUGAAACUGCAUCACCAGCUAUUCCAGCUGUUUUUACAAGUAAAGACGAGGCACUGAAAGUGGCUAAGAAAGUUAAAGGUUCUCGAUUUAAAGGCUUCAAAAGUAAACUGGAGGCCGAAUUGUUUUCUCGAUCGCACCUUAAAGAUCAAGACAUAUCUUCAGGUGCUCUGGAUACUUCACCUAUUCCUAGAGAUCCCGUGAGCAAUUUCAAAACUCCAACACCGCAACAAAUAGUCAAAUUUCGUGCCGUCAUCGAACAAGGCUCGAGUGAAGAAUUUCAAGAAAUUGUAAAGACAAAUCCUAGAUACCUGAUUGGACCAGGUGAUACUCCAGUUAUUUUACAAGAAGGAUUUCGUUAUAAUGCACUUCAUGUAGCAGUGAAAAAUAACAGAAAAGAGAUGUGUCAAUCUAUUGUUGAAACUUUGGAGAGUCAAUCGUUUUGGGAUGUGCUACUGAACCAUGAAAUUAAGACAGCCGAGAACAGCAAAAGGAGAGAAUUUUUGAUUGACAUGUACCUAAACACACCAGACAAAGGGAACUUGGAAACACCAUUACAUUUUGCCUGCAAGUUUGGUUUUGCUGACAUCGUGGAAUACCUUGUCUCUUAUCCUCUAACAAAGAACCAACAACAGAACAAAUAUGGUGAAACUCCAGCUGAGGUUAUUUGCUCAAGGUGUUCAAAUGCAAGCUCUGAUUUGAAAAAUCAGAUAAAAAGCUUCCUUGAAGACAGUUUCUAUGUGCCACUGUUGGGCUCAACAGAUAAUUCAACUCUUCCCUGGAUUGAGGGGCCUUGGUCACCAGAGAUCACAGAUGAUCGAGUGAAUAGGGAAGGUGGACAGCCAGGAAGCCCCCUCAAUAACUGGAAACACAGGAACAGCCCUGGAGACUUACCAGUUACUGUGAGGGCAUAUGCUGGACCGAUGUCCCCAUCAAAGGCAGCAGAGUUCUACCAUACUUGGAAAACUCCACCAAAAAAGGAAUGUCGGAAAAAGUACAUGCAGAUAAAGAGAAAAGAUGACAGUCGUGGUGUGGAAAGAAUUGGAAGAGACCUUGCUCAUUGUGAGAGUGUGCCUUGGACAGAAUAUUGGAACUUUCUUGGCUGUUAUGCUGACUUAGCUAGUCCUCAGGGCCUGAAAAAACUCGAAGAUUAUUUCGCCAGCAGGAAGGAAAGGAUUGUCUUAAGCAGAUUGGCUGUUACACCUCAGAGAGUCAGAACUAUGAAGAGUGGGUACAGUGUGUUAAAAACUCCAGAGUCAAGACAAAGUGGAGUUAUUUUGCCUGACAGGGGUUUGGAACAUGAAACAGCCUUUGCAGGUGCUUUACCCAGUUUUAAUAAAAAGAACUUGUUGGAUUAUGAAGACAGUUCUCCCAUGUUGGACAAGAAAGAAAUUCCAGAGUCAAAGAUGGAACCAGAAAAAUUAAAUUUUGAGGUGGAGGAUGCUGCAGUGAAAGGUAAAAUAGAGAAUUCUAAAGGACAGCAUAUCAUGGAGAAAUUUUCAAGCAGAAAGGAUGGGAAUGGUCUAGUUUUAAGGACAUCUCCAGAUGCAGUCAUGAAAGAUGAGCUUUUAGAGCCUUCAUUGAAAACAUUGGGAAAAAGCAUGGAAACACUUUGUCUUCAUCUCGAGGAAGUUGAGAUAAAGCUACCCACAUUCAAUGGUUCAUUGGCAGAAAGUCCAGACAAAGAUUUCCUAAACAGAAGCCAUUCUACUGAGUUGAGUGACCAGAAAGAUGAAACAGACGUAGUAGGGGAUAUCGUGUGCAAGAAAAAGCUGCUAUACAAUCUACAAGAACAAAAAACUAGCAAUAAUGGUGAAGUCUUGAGGAGCAAAGAUGAGGAUGUUUCUGAUACUGAGCAAACAGACAAGAAAGACAAAGUGAUGCUAAUGAAACACAAAAUGGACAUCCCGGCCAAGGAUUUGGAUUCAACUGAUUUGCAGUCAUUAGUGGUGAAUCAGUCUCCAGCUGAAUUAAGGAAAAAUUACCUUAAAGAUGAAGUGAUUGAGACUACAAGGUGUACAUGUGAAGAUCAGAGAUUUAAAAAUGAUGAUUUUAGAGUUUCAAGUGUUCUGGAGCAGAGCUGUUUUAAAGUGCCAGGAGAAAGAAAUGUGGAGCAUGCAAAGUCAGAGAGAUCUGUCAAUGUGGCUGGUUCAGAAAAUAUGAACGUCAACAUUUUCAUCCAGGGUUUGCAGCCCAGUAAACUUGACCUUGAUGUGUUAAUUGCCAUCGGUCAGACCAAGAUUGAUUCUGUGAAAUAUCCUUGUAUCCAAGAAUGGAAGGAACAUGUUAUGUCUUAUUCUGAGGCAGCACAACAAAGCUGGCCAAGCCCUGGGUCACCAAGAUUUCACACAAGACACAAAUCUCUAAUGUGGAGUUGCUAACAAAAUCAAAUUUGAAGCAAUUUUAGUUCAAGUUGGUAAUUUUGGGAUUUUAAUUUGUAAAGGUGUUUCAUAGUUAGAUUUGACUGUUGUUUACUAGACUAUGAACAAAGUGGGUAAGUUUCCAAAGAAACUGUCGUGCUGCGUCGGUGGGGGUAACAAGGUAACUUGAGCAAAUGUUUCGCUCUGACGAAGGGCUAACGCUCGAAACGUCAGCUUUUUAACUCUUUACGGUGGCAGUUUCAACUUAGUUGGUGUAAACAAAUUACCAGACUAUGAGCUGAUCCUCCUUUUCGGCGAAGUCUGUCGUGCAAGUAAAAAAAAAAACAGCCAAAAAAAGAUUGAUCUUAGCGCGCCACACAGCACUCCGAGAGUGAGGCUCAUAGACUGUGUAUCGUUUGUUUUGUUCAGCGGUCUUUUGUUCCUUUGAACAGUGUUGUGUUUCUUGAUUCAUAACUUAGUAACCAAUAAUCGAUUUUUACGGGUUUGUCAAUCAAGUACUGGCAGAUUGAUUUGGAAAACCCACAGAAGAGGAAGGGGAGCGAAGUUCAACUCUCUUGUAAAAAAAAAAUAUUUGUUCAUUAACAAUAUGGUUUCUGUUCGUGUGAGUUGAUCCCUGUAAGAGGAGUCGAAUAAAAGAAAAGAUUUUUUCUUGA